AUGGGGGUCAGCCACCACCAGCGGCUGCUUGCUCUUUCUUCUCCUCUUUCUGGUGGCCUCUUGCCAUGGACAAGGACAGGCUGCCCAAUGCGGACCAAUAAAUCUCGGCAGGUUGGUGCCUCUGCUGGAGGCACCGGCAACAAACCCUUGAAAGCAGCCUUGGAUGGCAGGUUCACUGCCAUCAACAACCAGGCACGGACACAAACUCUGCUUCCCUGUGCCCCACAUGAACGUGUUGGCAACAUGUACGGAGCAUAUCCUGUGGAAGCCGAUCUGGAACAUGAUAUGCCUGUACGCCACGUAUCUGGACUGCGCCAUGUUUAUCGGCCUCAAGGCUACCCCAGGGAGGUGGCCUCAGGUGCUGGCUCUGCAGCUUCUCAGUGGGUUCCUGAUGUUGAGCCUUGGAGGCAUCCCAUGGCUGUUGAACCCAAGAUUCCUGUUCCACGUUCUCAGAUGGAUCUUGGUUUUGAGCCUGAAGAGUAUCCCAGAGGUGCUGGCGGUGUGAGAACAGCAGAGGGUGUGAAUCAGAAACGGGGAGAAAAUCAGUCUGCAGUUGCAGUGCUUGCCGUCCUGCUCUCUCUGGUUGUUCUGGCAGCUUUGGGUUACCUGGCAAGACAUCUGCUGAAGAAGAGACAAGAAGGUGCAAUGCUAGGUGAAGCUAGCAUUUGCGUGAGAAAGGAAGACCCAUCUCCAGUAGAAAAACAACAGAACUUUGCGAGAAUUACUAUAGAAAUUGCAGAUCUUUCUGGGAAGUCAAACCCAGGUCUGAAGCGUCUUCUCUCACCACUCACUGACUUAUUCUGUCAGCCCCCAGAGCGAUCCACUCAGCCUGACUUUUGCAGGCAGUCAGAAAUUGCUGAUGAUACACGCAAAAAGCCACUAGAGUCAGGAAAAGAGAAGAAAAGUACGUGCACCUGUGGAAGAGCAGUGAGACUGGGUGAACAAUAGAACCUCUAGUGGACCAAGAAUGUGGAGGUCAGCACCGCUGGGGAGCUGUGUGCCAUGGAGGAGGACACACAGUGUCUAUGAGAGAAUACAUCAGACAAACGAGAAAGGGAGAGUCUCCUAACCGUGCUGCAGGCUUGGCAAUGCAGAGCAAUAAGGAACGUGCUUCCAUCACUACGUCACUUUGUCUCUCCCUCCUGGAAACGGCGUGGGAAGGACUGGAGCGUUUGGGGAACUCUAGUUCUCCUUUAGAAGCUUUCCCACUUCCAUCAGUUCACUGCAUGAUGUCCACACUUACGGACGACCAUGAGAGCAGU